CAAGUGAGCAGCUGGUGACUUGGCCAGCCUGGCACCAGCUGUCCAUCCCUGGGGCCAAGUCUGCAGAGCCGGCUGUGUGCGUGAGAGACAGUUUGGCUCUGGGGGCGGUGGUCGGUCAGCUGCCGAGGAGGACUAGGAAGUGUCCACUCACCUUCUACUAGCAUGGCGACCUCCUCUCAAUAUCGUCAGCUGCUGAGUGACUACGGGCCUCCAUCGCUAGGCUACACCCAGGGAACUGGAAAUAGCCAGGUGCCUCAGAGUAAAUACGCAGAGCUGCUGGCCAUCAUUGAGGAGCUUGGGAAGGAGAUCAGACCCACGUAUGCAGGCAGCAAGAGCGCCAUGGAGAGACUGAAACGAGGCAUCAUCCAUGCCCGAAGCCUGGUUCGGGAGUGCUUGGCUGAAACAGAACGUAAUGCCAGGUCCUAGCCCCGCCAGGCUGAAGGCCCGUCCUGCUGCCACAUGGAGAUGAGACGCUUUGGUCAAAAUGGCAGUAAUGUUUCUAUCACAGUCAUUAAGCUCUGAACCCACACUUAAAGGAUUGGGAAGACAUUUUGCAGUUAUUGACGAUGUGCAUUUUAACUAGUUAGGAAUGACCCAGCUUUUCUUUUCCAAGCAUUUGAAAGAUGUUUGUGAAGCCACUUCACAGCAAGCUAUUGUUUGCCCCCAAUACCAGUGUCCCCUUCAGUCUCCCUUUGGAUUC